GCCGAACUCGCUGUUGAAAGCUCCCACCAGCUUGCCGUACCCCGGUGCAUCAUGGGAGGUGACGGCAGCCUGAAAGGCGUCGCCCCAAACAGCUGGACCGCCGGGACGCAUCAGCAGGUUCUCUGAUCCCCAGACAUGAACCCAGAUCUCACCAUCGUCCUGAUGGGAAGAACAGGAGUUGGUAAAAGUGCUUCAGGAAACACCAUCCUGGGACGACCAGCGUUUGAGUCAAAGCUGGUCUUUAAAUCUGUGACCAAACAGAUCAGAGAACAAACAGGAAAUGUUUUGAGGAAACAGAUCUCAGUGGUCGACACUCCAGGAAUAUUAGACUCUGAGGACACAAAGAAGGAGAUUAAAGACUUCUGUCAGGGUCUCCUGUCAUCCUCCAGACGUUGUCUGUUUCUGGUGGUGAUCAGAGUUGGACCGUUUAUAAAGGAGGACCAGGAGGCUGUUCAGGCAGCUAUGAGAGUCCUCGGGCCUCGGGGGAUGAAGAAGAGUUACCUGCUCUUCACUGGUGGGGAUAUGUUACAGGGCAGGACAGUAGAGGAUUUGAUCUUUGAAGAUGGAGAUGAAGGUGUGCUUCCAGAAGUUGUUAGAAGGUUUGCGGGGGCGUAUCAUCUCUUUGACAAUGAAAGAGACGAUGAAGAACAAGUCAGAGAGCUGCUGAAGAAGUCUGGCCACCUCAGAACCCAGGAAACAGACAUGAACCCAGAUCUCACCAUCGUCCUGAUGGGAAGAACAGCAGUUGGUAAAAGUGCUUCAGGAAACACCAUCCUGGGACGACCAGCGUUUGAGUCAAAGCUGGUCUUUAAAUCAGUGACCAAACAGAUCUCUGAACAAACAGGAAAUGUUUUGGGGAAACAGAUCUCAGUGGUCGACACUCCAGGAAUAUUAGACUCUGAGGACACAAAGAAGGAGAUUAAAGACUUCUGUCAGAGUCUCCUGUCAUCCUCCAGACGUUGUCUGUUUCUGGUGGUGAUCAGAGUUGGACGGAUCACAAAGGAGGACCAGGAGGCUGUUCAGGCAGCUAUGGAAGUCCUCGGGCCUCGGGGGAUGGAGAAGAGUUACCUGCUCUUCACUGGUGGGGAUGCUUUAGAGGGCAUGACAGUGGAGGAUUUUAUCUUUCAAGAUGGAGAUGGAGAUGAAGGUGUGCUUCUAGAUGUUGUUAGAAGGUUUGCGGGGGCGUAUCACCUCUUUGACAAUAGAAGUGAUGAUGAAGAACAAGUCAGAGAGCUGCUGCAGAAGUCUGGCCACCUCAACACCCAGGAAACAGUCGAUGAUUCCAGGAACCGGAGGAUCGUGCUGCUCGGCCUUCCUGGAGCUGGAAAAAGUUCCUCUGGGAACACCAUCUUAAGAUCUGGACAGUUUAAACCAGGCGGUGGCUUUGAUUCAGUCACUACUGAGACAGUCUCUAAGUCAGCCAUAGUGGAGGGUCAUCAGGUCACGGUGGUAGAUACUCCAGGAAUCACUGAUACAGUUCUGACUCCUCAACAGCUGUUUGAAGAGAUCAUGAAGUCAGUAGUAGAGGCCAGUCCAGGACCUCAUGCCUUUGUUAUUGUUGUCAGAAUAGGUAGAAUCACUGGAGCAGACAUCAAACUGUUUGAGAUGCUGGAAACCCUGUUCAGCAGAGAUGCUCUGAAAUACUCCAUGGUGCUUUUCACUCAUGGAGACGAGCUGGGAGGUCGGUCCAUUGAUGAUUUGAUCCGGUCUGACCAUCAUGUGUCUGAUCUGGUCUCCAUGUGUGGUGGUAGAUUCUGUGUGUUUGACAACAAAACUAAAAGAAGCAGAGAGCAGGUCAGAGAGUUCCUGAGUAAAGUAGAUGAGAUGGUCUCAGAUAACGGUGGAGAACACUACACUGAUGAGAUGUUCAGGAUGGCUCAGACGUUCAUUAAUGAAGAAAGGAACAAGUCAGCUCAGCCACGUCAUGAAAACAGGACCCUGCCAGGUCGGAUUUUUUCAUGGAUUCGGGAUGCGAUCAGGGAAGAUAAAUAGCUGGAAACCAGUUUUUAAACUGAGUCAGGCCCGUUUA